AUGACAAGAAGUUGUUCCCCUUUGUGAAGACUCUUCUUACGCGAAAGAUAAAAAGUGUUUCGUCGUGACCAGCAAGAAUCAAAGGACUUGAAAAAUAGGAGCAUCAUGUCUUUUUCAACAACCCCAGAUUGGGCGAGCGCUGAACAUGAAACAGGGACAACGAUCAUGGCCGUGGAAUAUGACGGCGGUGUGGUUAUUGGGGCAGAUUCAAGAACAACAACAGGUGCUUAUAUAGCCAACAGAGUGACAGACAAACUGACCAAAAUCACAGACAAGAUCUACUGCUGUCGGUCAGGGUCAGCUGCCGAUACACAGGCCGUGGCAGACAUUGUCAGCUACCAUCUCAACUUUCAGAAAAUGGACAUGGGAGAGGAGCCUAAAGUGAAAGUAGCUGCCAAUAUAUUCCGAGAACUCUGUUAUAACAACAGGGACAACCUGUCAGCAGGGAUCAUUGUAGGUGGAUGGGAUAAAACUGAGGGAGGACAGGUCUAUGCUAUCCCAUUGGGAGGUAUGUUGACACGUAUGCCGUUUACCACGGGGGGUUCUGGCAGCACCUAUAUCUAUGGAUACGUGGAUGCCAACUUUAAGACAGGCAUGACCAAAGAAGAAUGCCUUAAAUUUGUUGCAAAUGGUGUCGGCCUUGCCAUCAGCAGAGAUGGGUCCAGUGGUGGAGUCGUCCGUUUGGCCGCCAUUAACAAAGAUGGCGUCGAGAGAUUUGUGCUGACUGGUAACCAAGUACCCACGUUCUAUGAGGAUUAUUAAGGACAAUGACAGAUCUCUACCAGCCUCUCUUGACUUCGUGCAAAUUAGUGCUCUCAUCUUCGUCCCUCCAUUUCAUUUGUAUAUAUGUAAUAAAUGACAAUGACAUUUGA